UCGUUGGAUGUUUACAGCUGAACCUGCGCUUCAUUCUUGCCAUGAAUUUGGGUCUUCCUCCCUGAAAACUAUUAUUGACAAACGAAUCAAUGCAAUCCGACAAACGUGAAGAAUAUCGCAUAGUAGUGAACAGAAAGCUUUCAUUGGACAACCGAAAACCUUCUGCAAUGAGUUCCCUGACCAUUCAAUAAGUAUAGUCACUUCCGCCACAGUGUUCAGUUAGCUUCACUAGCUAACUAGCUAGCUUACACUGAGUUGAACAUUUUGGUUGUGCUCCAAAAUAUUAACAAGUUAGCUAUGACAUCCUCCAUGGUAGUCCCUGUUAUUGAUGUGCAGAAUGAUAAUUUCAAAGAACUGUGGCCUGCAAUGGUCCUUGCAAUCAAGACUGCCUCCUACAUUGCACUGGAUACAGAAUUGAGUGGCCUUGGAAGCAGAAAAGCUUUGCUGGCAGAAUGCAUAGAGGAGCGUUACAAAGCCAUAUGCAAUGCAGCUCGCACACGCUCCAUUCUCUCCCUUGGGUUUGCUUGUUAUAAGAAACGUGAAAACAAGGAUGAUGAUACGUACCUUGUUCAGGUGUACAACCUGACGUUGCUCUGCGAUGAGGAGUACGUAAUUGAACCACAGUCUGUGCAGUUCCUGGUGCAACAUGGAUUUGACUUCAACAAACAAUAUGCUGAAGGUGUCCCUUAUCUCAAGGGCAAUGACAAGGGAGGGGAUGCCCAUGGAAUGAACAUGCGGAUGCUGUUUGUAGAACUCCUGCGUGCUCGCAAGCCAUUGGUUCUACACAAUGGCUUGAUCGACAUGGUAUUCCUAUAUCAGUGCUUCUAUGCCCACCUGCCAGAUAAACUUGCCACUUUCACUGCUGACCUGUCCCAGAUGUUCCCAGCUGGGAUAUAUGACACCAAGUACGCCACAGAGUAUGAGCUGCGCUUUGCUGCCUCUUACCUAGAGUAUGCCUACAAGAAAUGUAAAUUGGACAACAGCAAGUCUCUUGAGGUUGGUGGUAAUGGACGCCAUCUGUUCCUGGAGUUUUGCAAAUACUCAGGCCACCUGUCCAGCUAUGUGGACUACAGGCCCUGUCUGGCCGGGUCUAGCCUCGAGGGACCGCUGAAUGUCUGCCAGCGCUUCUCUGCUUACGGUUGGUGCCCCAAUGGGUCACAGUGUCCCUUGUCACAUGACACAGACCUCAUCAUCCAGCACGAUGAAAAAAACAAGGUGGAAAAGAAAAAGAAACGGAAGAGGAAAAGAAAAAACUCUUCUCAGGGGAACGUUGACUUUGAAGGUGCCCCCAAUAAUAAGCAGGCCCAUAUGGAGCUGAAUGAUGGAGAGCAGGGCCCAGACCAGGUGAUCCCUGCCACAGACAGCAAACCUACCCCUGUCACAGAGCAGGUAGAUGGGACUCCGGCACAGGGGUCAGAGAGCGGUGAGAAAAUUACAGAGAAGGUAGAGGAGGAAGGCAACAGAGUCGCAGAGCCACAGGCUGUGUCUGCAGAUGAAGAAAUUAAGACUGACAAAGAAAAGGUGGAAGGAAAUGGAGUGUCAGAGCCACAGCCUCUGGCCACACCAGAUGCAGCAAAGGAAGAAGAAAAUGAAGUGUCAGAGCCACAGCCUCUGGCCACACCGGAUGCAGCAAAGGAAGAAGAAAAUGAAGUGUCAGAGCCACAGCCUCUGGCCACACCAGAUGCAGCAAAGGAAGAAGAAAAUGAAGUGUCAGAGCCACAGCCUCUGGCCACACCAGAUGCAGCAAAGGAAGAAGAAAAUGGAGUGUCAGAGCCACAGCCUCUGGCCACACCGGAUGCAGCAAAGAAAGAAAAGUCCAUGAGGAAGAAGCUGGAGGGAGGUACCCACCGGGCAGGGUUUGAUGCAUUCAUGACCGGCUACAUCUUCUCUUAUGCCGCCACUCUGACAGAGAGAGUAGGUGAGUCACCGGGUUCAGAGUCCUGGCUCCCUGAGUGCCUGAACAAGGUUUACCUCAGUGGUAAGUCUGUCCCGAUGCAUAUUGUCAAGAGCACCUUCUCUAAGUCCUCCAAGGCUCACAUGCACAAGAUGGACAUUGUGUGGGGAAAGAGUUUUUCUAGCAGUGUGGCUAGCAAAGCAGAGGGAACUGGGUAAACAAAUGUAUUCCAAAUGUAUUCCCUGUUUAUAAUAAAGCCUUUUUAGUUAGACAUUUUAAUGUUUGUUGAUACAGUAUUAUGUUUCAAUAAAAAGGCUUUUCCUUGGUUA